GGUAUCAAAAUUCGCAAAAUUUUCAGAGAGGAAAGACAUGGCUGCGAGAGCUUCAGUACUCGCUCUCCACCCAGAGCGCAAUGCGCACCGCAGCUCCUCCUCCUCCCCGGCGCACGUUCCGAAGCCUACGCCGCCGAGUGGACUCGCAUUAUCCGGGCGGAGACAGCUGGCGCUGUCGCUGACGUGGACCGCGGCGAUUGCGGCUGUGGGUGCAAAGGAGGCGAAGGCGGAGGACAUCGGGCUGUUUGGGCUGAGGAGGAAGGUGAAGGAGGUGGAGAAGGAGGCGGAGGUGAUAGUGAAGGAAGGGAUUGAGGCGGCGGAGAAGGGACUGGAAACGGCGGAGAAGGGGCUGGAAUCGGCGGAGCUGGGGAUUGAAACGGCGGAGGAAGGGGUGGAAGCGGCGUUGAGCUUCGGGGGGUUGGCGCAGGCUGGAGCGGUGGCGGGAGCGGAGUUUGUGGGGGUUUUGGUGGCAACUUCGGUUGUGAGUGGGAUUCUGGGGCCGGAGAGUUAGUUAGAAAUCGUUAAUAGAAAUUUCGAUUUCAUUUGUAUUUGUUUCUAAUUUGUCUGUGUGAAAUCUGGAUUAAUGGGGUUGGACUGUAAGUUGUAAACUUGAAGUAUUUAAUUGCUAGCUAAUGAAGGAGAAUUAUUGCUAA